GCUGCUUGAGGAAGCAGGCGCGAUGGCCAGUGCCUCAACAGACCUGGACAAUGCUGAGGCCCAGAGACAGCUCAACAACAACAACAGGCCUGCAAGCACAGGAUUCUGGGAAACAGAGACCACCAGUGCCAAACUAUUUGAGUGCUCUCGCAUCAAAGCACUAGCAGAUGAGAGGGACGCAGUCCAGAAGAAAACCUUUACUAAGUGGGUAAACUCUCACUUGGCCCGUGUGUCCUGCCGUAUCUCUGACCUGUAUAAUGACCUGAGAGACGGAUACAUGCUCAUCAGACUGCUGGAGGUGCUGUCAGGAGAGCUGCUGCCUCGGCCCACGAGAGGCAGGAUGAGGAUUCACUGUUUGGAGAAUGUGGAUAAGGCUCUUCAGUUCCUCAAAGAACAGAGGGUUCAUCUAGAAAAUGUUGGUUCUCAUGAUAUAGUUGAUGGGAACCACCGCCUCACUCUCGGCCUCAUCUGGACCAUCAUCCUCCGCUUCCAGAUCCAGGUGAUUAAGAUUGAGACGGAGGACAACAGAGAGACACGCUCCGCUAAAGAUGCCCUUCUUCUGUGGUGUCAGAUGAAAACAGCAGGGUAUCCUGAGGUCAACAUUCACAACUUCACCACCUGCUGGAGGGACGGCCUGGCUUUCAACGCUCUUAUUCACAGGCACAGGCCUGAUUUAAUUGAAUUCCACAAGCUGACCAGAUCCAAUGCAACACACAACCUCCAACAAGCCUUUAACAUCACUGAACAGAGUCUCGGACUCACCAAGCUACUAGACCCUGAGGAUGUAAACACAGAAAAUCCGGAUGAGAAGUCCAUCAUCACUUAUGUAGUUUCCUACUAUCAUUAUUUCUCCAAAAUGAAGGCACUUAUUGUAGAAGGGAAGAGAAUUGGAAAGGUGCUGGACAAUGCUAUCGAAGCUGAGAAGAUCAUUCGCCGCUACGAGGCUUUAGCGUCCGACCUGUUAGAGUGGCUUGAGAGAACCAUUAGCAUCAUUAGCAACCAGAAGUUUGCAAACUCGCUGUCGGGUGUGCAGCAACAGCUUCAAGCCUUUACCACCUACUGCACCAUUGAGAAGCCUAUCAAAUUCCAGGAGAAAGGGAACCUGGAGGUGCUGCUUUUCACCAUCCAAAGUAAGCUCAGAGCUAACAAUCAGAAGCCAUAUGUGCCUCAUGACGGGAAACUUAUCUCAGACAUCAAUAAGGCGUGGGAGAGACUAGAGAAGGCGGAGCACGAGAGGGGCGUGGCUCUUAGAAAAGAGCUGAUUCGUCAGGAAAAGCUAGAACUUCUAGCUCAACGAUUCGAUCAUAAGACCACCAUGAGGCAGGCUUGGCUGAAUGAAAACCAGCGUCUCGUCUCACAGGAUAACUUCGGCUAUGACCUGCCAGCGGUAGAAGCUGCCAUGAAGAAACACGAGGCGAUCGAAGCAGACAUCCUGUCGUACGAGGAGCGAAUCAGUGUCGUGGUGGAGCUGGCCAAUGAGAUGGAGUCAGAAGGAUACUAUGACAUCCGACGUAUCUUGGCACGCAAAGAAAACAUCCUUGGCCAGUGGAGCCUUCUGAAGGAGCUGGUGGUGGGGCGUAAAGCCCGUCUGGAGAAGAACCUGGCCCUGCAGAAGACCUUCCAAGAGAUGGUCUACAUGAUCGACUGGAUGGAGGAGAUGCAGGUUAAGUUGCUUUCUAAGGACUACGGCAAACAUCUUCUUGAAGUGGAGGACAUGCUCCAGAAACAGAGUUUACAGGAGGCUGACAUCUCUAUACAGGCAGACAGAGUUCAAACCCUCAACACUGCAGCUCUCAAAUUCACCACUAUUGAAGGUUACCAGCCGUGUGACCCUCAGGUAAUUUGUAACCGGGUCAACCACGUCAACACCUGCCUGGAAGAAUUAAAGCAGCUGGCUGCAAAACGGCGCUUGGAGCUGGAGGAUUCGCGUGAGCUGUGGGCCUUCUUUCAGGAGGUAGAGGAAUCAGAGAAUUGGAUCCGAGAGAAGAUGUCCAUCUUGGCCACGCAGAGCUGCGGGAAAGACCUGAGCAGCAUCCUGCGACUGCUGCAGAAGCACAAAACCGUGGCUGGAGAGCUGUUGACGCGACGUGCGUUAAUUCAGCAGACCAUGAUGAAAGGCAAGCAGAUCCUCACCCAGAAGAGCUUUGGUACGACUGGAAUACAAGAGCGACUGAUGGAGGUCAAGGCCGAGUGGAAGAGACUGGAGGACCAGGCCGCACAGAGGCUGUGUAACCUACAGGAGGCGUUGGACUUUUUUCAGUUCAGCACCGAGACGGACGAUCUUCUAGCUUGGCUACAGGACGCUUACAGGCUCGUUUCUAGCGAGGACUUCGGACAUGAUGAGUAUUCAACGCAGUCUCUUCUUAAAAAGCACAGAGGUGUCCGAGAGAGUAUCGAUAAACACCGUGUACUAGUGGUGGGCCUUCGGAAACACAUGGUUGCGUUGCCAAUGCAUUAUCGGGAGCUGGAUGAGGUGCGAGCUCGCAUGGCUGAGACGGAGCAGCUCUACGCAGAGGUGGCGGAAGUUGCCGUGUUGCGGCAGCAGUGGCUUCAUGACGCGCUGGCUGUGUAUCGCAUGUUUAGUGAGGUGAACGCCUGUGAGGUGUGGAUUGAUGAGAAGGAGCAGUGGCUGAACAGGAUGGAGGUUCCCGAAAGACUAGAGGACGUGGAGAUGAUCGCACACAGGUUUGAAAGUUUGGACCAGGAGAUGAACAGCCUGAUGGGAAGGAUACUAGAUGUUAAUCAGAUCGUCCAGCAGCUCUUAGACAGCGGUCACCCCAGUUCCACUGAAGUCAGGGGCUGUCAAGAUCACUUGAACAGCAGGUGGAACCGCAUCGUGGAGCUGGUCGAGCAGAAGAAAGAUCACCUGGACUCGAUCCUGCGCAUCCAGAACUACUUACUGGAAUGCACUGAGAUCAAGUCCCAGAUUCAGGACAAGCGGAAAGCCAUAGAUGCCACGCAGUAUGUGGGCAGUGACCUGGGCAGCGUGCUGGCUCUGCAGCGCCGUCUCUCCACCAUGGAGGGAGCUCUGACGGUUCUCGAGCCCAAGCUCCUUCACCUGCAGGAGGAAGCGGAGGAGCUCGCCACAUCCCAUCCGGACAAGACCGUAGACAUCCUGGUUCCCUUUGAGGGCAUCAGCGUGGAGUGGGAAGAGCUAAAGUGUACAUUGCAAGGCUGUGAAGACUCUUUAACCGUCGCUGGCCGCUUACAACAGUUCAUCCAAGACUUGGAUUCCUUCCUCACUUGGUUGGUGCAAACCCAGACUGCUGCUGCUUCGGAUGAGCUUCCCAAUGCUUUAGAGGAUGCAGAACGGCUAAUAAACCAACACGCCGCGCUCAAGGAGGAGAUCGGAAGGUACGAAGAGGACUACGAGCGUCUCCAGGCUGUGAAUGAGCUCGUGGAGACGGAGGAAGCGCCGUUGCCUCAUGGAGCUCUGCAGCAGUGGCUGCACAAGCUGGACGUGGGCUGGAACAAACUGCUGGAGAUGUGGGAGAGCAGGAGGGAGGUGCUGGUGCAAGCUCACAUCUUCCAUCUCUUCCUGAGGGACGUCAAGCAGGCCGAGGCUUUCCUCAAUAACCAGGAGUCAGCGCUGGCCCAUGUGGAGCUCCCCACCACAGUGGAGACAGUGGAGGCAGCCAUCAAAAAGCACAAGGACUUUACCACCACCAUGGAGCUCAACCUGCACCGCAUUAAAGCUGUCAUAGAGGCAGGAGAGAGCCUCAUCAGUCAGAACAACAUCUAUUCUGAGCGCAUCAGAGAGAGAGUGGAUCUGCUCGCUAACAGAGGGAACCGGAACCGUGAACACGCUCAGCAGUGGCUUCAUAAACUCAAUGACCAGUGGGAGCUCCAGAGGUUUCUACAAGACUGCCAUGAGAUUGGAGAUUGGGUGGCAGAAAAGAUGCUAAUGGCUGGCGACACCUCCCGCGACGAGACUCAGAAGCUUCAUAAGAAGUGGCUAAAACACCAGACCUUUAUGGCAGAACUUGCUCAGAACAAGGAGUGGCUGGACAAGAUGGAAAAAGAGGGCCAGAGGUUAAUGCAGGAGAAGCCGGAGCUGAGCGCGCUGGUGAAGAAGAAGCUGGAGGAGAUCCGUGAGUGCUGGCAGGAUCUGGAGAGCACCACACAAGCCAAAGCCCGGCAGCUGUUCGAGGCCAACCGGGCCGACCUGCUGGUACAGAGCUACUCCAGCCUGGACCAGCGACUCGAGCAGCUUGAGGGACACCUGGCACACGUGGACUACGGCCAGGACCUGACCACAGUCAACAAGCAGCUGAAGAAACUACAGACGAUGGAGUGUCAGAUGGAGGAGUGGUAUAAAGAGGUUGGAGAGCUGCAGGCCCAGGCGGCCUCCAUCCCUCAGCAGGGGCAGGUGAUGGAAAAGGUGUGCGAGAGACAAGCCGGGGUGGAAACGCGAAUUGUACGACUGAUUGAGCCUCUGAAAGAGAGACGUCGUAUCCUCCUGGCCUCUAAAGAAGUGCACCAAGUGGGCCGUGACCUUGAGGAUGAAAUUUUGUGGAUACAAGAGCGUCUUCCAGUGGCCACUUCUCAGGAACAUGGCACAAGUUUACAAGCUGUACAGCAACUCAUGAAGAAGAAUCAAAGUCUGCAGAGAGAGCUUCAAGGUCAUCGUGGAUGUGUGGAGGAUGUUCUGGAGAGAGCAGGUGUGAUCGCGUCCAUCCGCAGUCCGGAGGCAGACAGCAUCAGGGCCGGCAUGGAGCAGCUCCAUCAGCUGUGGGAGGCGCUGUGGACCGAGACCGAGCACCGGCAGCUCCGGCUGGAUGUCAUGUACCAGGCGCAGCAGUACUACUUUGAUGCGGGAGAGGUGGAGGCCUGGCUCAGCGAGCAGGAACUGCACAUGAUGAAUGAAGAGACGGGAAAGGAUGAAGCCAGUACUCUGCAGCUGCUGAAGAAACAGCUGGCGCUAGAGCAGACCAUAGAGGACUAUGCUGAGACCAUCGGAAUGCUUUCUCAGCAGUGCAGACAGCUGCUGGAGCUCGGACAUCCAGACUGUGAGCAGAUCAGUAAGCAUCAGUCUCAGAUCGACAGGCUGUACGUGUCUCUGAAGGACCUGGUGGAGGAGAGGAAGUCUCGUCUGGAGCAACAGUACUGGCUCUAUCAGCUCAACAGAGAGGUGGAUGAACUUGAGCAGUGGAUAGCAGAGAGGGAGGUCAUCGCCAGCUCCACUGAACUCGGACAGGACUUCGAGCAUGUCACGAUUCUGCAGGAGAAAUUCACAGAGUUUGCAUCGGAGACUGGGAGCCUGGGGCAGGAGAGGGUCACAGCUGUCAACCAGAUGGUUGAUGAGCUCAUAGAUUACGGGCAUGGGGAUGCAGCCACCAUCGCUGAAUGGAAGGAUGGGGUGAACGAGGCCUGGGCGGAUCUGCUGGAGCUGAUGGAGACGCGAGGACAGAUGCUUGCUGCUUCACACCAGUUACACAAGUUCUUCUCUGACUGCCAAGAGGUUUUAGCACAGAUCGAGGAUAAGCAGCGGAGGUUACCUGAGGUUCGUGCAUGUCAAGGAGGCACUUCAAAUACCAGCACUCUGCAGAGACUUAUGCAGACUUUUGAACAUGAUAUUCAGCUACUUGUUACACAGGUAAGACAGUUGCAGGAAAGUGCAGCCCAGCUCCGAACAGUUUAUGCCGGGGAGAAAGCAGAAGCCAUCGCCAUGCAAGAACAUGAAGUGAUGCAGACAUGGAAAGAGCUGCUCAUUUCCUGUGAGGACUGCCGAAUGCAGAUCACCACAGCGACAGACAAGUUACGCUUCUUUGGGAUGGUGCGUGAUCAGCUGAUGUGGAUGGACAGCAUCAUCUGUCAGAUAGGAACUGGGGAGAAACCAAGCUCUUUCCUCAGAGCUUUAAUGGGAUAUGGGGUCUCUGGUGCUUGCAGGGACGUGUCAUCUGUGGAGGUCCUGAUGAACUAUCACCAGAGCCUCAAGAGUGAAGUGGAGGCCAGAAACAAGAGCGUCCUACAGUGUAUCGAGAUGGGCAAGACUUUACUGGCCGCCCAUAACCCUGCAUCAGAAGAGAUCAAAGAAAAGCUGGAGAAGGUUUUGGCCAAGCAGCAAGAGCUCACUGAGAAAUGGGACAAACACUGGGAAGAGUUGCAGCACAUGUUGGAGGUGCAUCAGUUUGCUCAGGAAGCAGUGGUAGCGGAGGCCUGGCUCACUGCUCAGGAGCCCUUCAUAAGUAGUAAUGAACUGGGCGGCAGCGUGGAUGAGGUUGAACAGCUGAUUCGCAGACAUGAAGCCUUUCGCAAAGCUGCGGCCACAUGGGAAGAACGCUUCAGCUCUUUACGUCGUCUUACCACAGUAGAGAAGAUAAAAGCAGAGCAGAGUAAGCUUCCUCCAACUCCCUUGCUGGGACGGAAGGUUUUCUUGGACCCUCAGGACUCUUCUCCUGCUCGCAGUAGCCCUUCCUCCAUGAUAAGACAGACCAUAUACGAGCAGGGUGAGUCCCGGCUGGAGCGCAUCACCCCUCAGCCCUCUCCCUCUUCCGUGGCCCGCAGACUGGGUUCUACUGUGGCCAACUACACUCCCAUCAUGAAUGGAGCUGCUACUUAUCGCCUACAGGAAGCCAGGAAUGCUGGGAUUGUUGGAGUGGCUGCAGGACUGGGCACUGCUAUGGAGCACAAGGUCACCCAAUUGCGAAUGGAAUUUAAGGCCCAAGUCCCACAGCAGAAGAUCGAACAUAUCCAUGAGGCAGUCCACCCCCUACUGGAGAGAGACAGGGAGCGGGAGCGGUAUCAUGAGAACGUGAUGGCAGAGGUGGUGCUCCAGGAGCCAGGCGGAGGAAGGGAACGCCUAAACAGCAUGGUGGGAGGGAGCGGGAGCAGCCGCUCAGAGCUUCUGGUGGAGCAGCAUCCCCCACCGAGGGAGUCGCGGAUGGAGAGACAACUAUCUAUUGAGCAGCUGAUUCGGGCACGCAGGGACGAGCUGCCUCAGGAGGUGUGGAGAGAACGAGCUGGGAGGGCAGAGAGGAGGCUGGAGAGACAGACAUCUAGUGAACAGGAAGGUCAUGAGGUGCGGCGUAGGGACAGACACCGACCAGAGAGACAGGACAGCAGCGAGCAGGAGGCCAGGGAGCAGUCGGACAGACGCUCUGGUGGCGGGGACAAAAGGUCGACGCUAGCUGAGAUUGUGGAGCAGCUUCAGGAAAGAGAAGCAGCACAGGCCCGAGGAGAGAUUCCAUGUCUACCCAAUGGUUUUCCUGAGAAGUCUUCUAAACCGGACCGACCACGUGCUCGCGACAGACCCAAACCGAGAAGAAGACCACGACCCAAGGAGCCGACAGCUGGCGAAACACGGCGCUCAAGGUCUGCACCAGCCCAGAGCAGCCCACCAGUUCCCCAGCCGGCUACCCACAUGGCCCAGCGUGAAGGGUUCCUCUUCCGCAAAAUAGACAUUGAAGGCCAAAAGAAGAGUUCAAACAGCAGAUCUUGGGUGAAUUUGUACUGUGUGCUGAAUAAAGGUGAGCUGGGCUUCUAUAAGGAUGCGAAGAACACCUCCACACCUUACAACAACGAGCCGCUUAUCAACCUGAGCCGUUGUGCCUGUGAUAUCAACAAUGGUUACAAAAAGAAGAAGAAUGUCUUCACUCUCAAAACUAAGGAUGGAAGUGAGUUUCUGUUCCAUGCUAAAGAUGAGGACGAUCUGAAAAGCUGGACCACAAGUAUAAACACCAGUAUAAGUGAGCAUGAAGAGGUUGCCAAACCGGGGCAGACCAAUCCAACUACCUCAUCUACUGACGAGGGAACGCGCAGGGAUGGCAGCAGGGCAGGCGGUUCGGAAAGAGGUGAAAAGUCAGACCGAGCCGAUGGGGGAUCUGUGCGCUCAGACAAGGGCGAAAAGCCUGAGAAAAAGACAGGCAAGAAGAAAUGAGGCACACGAUAGUAGUGAGCCAGGAGCCAGGACUUUCGGAAAUCCAGGAAAGUGCUCUGACGGGAUCAGGAAACGAAGGCGUCACUGUGAACUCCCUUUAUGUCUUGCUGUCCAGUUGAGUAUGGAAUCAGGCAACAUGGAGGAGCACGGAGCUCAUGUGUCAGUGAGCGCCCUCUAGUGGCUGAAAAGGACCAUGACAAUUCAGAAGCUCCAUAUGGGCCAAAGAGCUGAUAGCAUAGGCAAAUUGAGGAUAAACGAGAAAGAUGUUAUAGUAAAGUAGCUCAUGAAGAUUAUUUUCUAAUCCGUCUGUGAAAAAGAUGACCCAUAUGUAUGUGUACCCUGUAAGUUGUUUUGCUCUUUUAUACUGUUAAAGUGUUGAUUUGUAUUCAUUGGCUCAUCCACACGUUUGAACGCCGUGUGACAUAUCGGAGCAUGCCUACCAGGUUUAACUUUCAACUGAAGAAAUAAAUGGUCUGUUUCAAAUAAAGGGAAGCAGCUCACCUGCUGUGAGUGUGUAUUCUCAGAUUUGAUUACUGGGGUUUGUUGGUUUCGUACACGAGUUUUCCCAAGUCUCAACCAUUAAUCUCAUAUUAUGCAUUAAAUGUCGAGUGUGAGUUAAUUUGCUCUUUUAAUGACAGAUUACCAAAUCAGUUGUGUGUAUGUGUCAUGUACACAUCGUAUUCGUCAUCAAGCCAUUCUGAAUGCGAGAUCAGGUUUACAUCAUUUUAUUUAUACUCAAAAGUCUUCCAAGCAAAGAAUUGAUUGUUUUGUAAAAUUCCACAAGUUUUUUUCCUUUUGUCACUUUCUCCCAGCAUUAUUUCCAAGCAGGGCUGAAUGGAUGCAGGCGUUUGAUUUAACUGGUAAUGUUUGUAAGAUGGCAGCUGAAUGCCAUGAUGUUAUGUGAUUGUCUCUCCUGAUUGGCAGAAACUGGGAUAAAUAUGUCUUUGAAUUGUGUAGUUCCGCAGGUGAUCGUAUAGAAAGCCCAUAGCUAGCAAAAAUGCAAGGUAUAUUGCAAGAAAAGCGGUACAUGCUUUAGACAGCUCUGCAAAUGUUGACACAAAUCCAAUUUGGUUCUUUUGAGAUCCAUACAUAUACAUGCACACAAAUGAGCUGACUACAUAAUGACAUGCGAUUUUUCAUGCAACAUACAGGGUUGAAAUUAAAUGUCAAAGUGUGUGCUAAACGGAAACGUAAUGGUUUGAGGUAUUAUAUUUGUGCCUCAUUGUCCUAAAGUAUGUAUGGAAUGUAUGGAAUGUAAACCAAUCGUUGAGAGGGAGGAGAUGAUGUUCAUGUACCAUUUUUUUUCAAUCAACAAGUUAGUCGUUUUCGCUUUGCAAGCUCAUGUUUGUUCUUUUAUCUGAACAGAGCAUCAUGCAAAUGCUUUUGUAAUGUCCCUGCUUUUAAAUAUACAAUUGUCAGCUCUCAUUUCUCUAUACAAUCUUAAAGCAUUGUAUAUAUAUAUCGAAAGAGCUUUCUGUGUCUGGGUCUGAAUUUCUCUUCCUUUGACACCCUUGGUUUUGUCUCCAAGUCUACUUUUUGGUACAAAAAAAAUCCUAUUUUUAUGCAAUAGAAUAACUUAUACAGGCAGAGGGUAUGCAGUAAAAGUGUCCAAUGUGGUGGCAAACGGAAAUAAUGUAUGCACUUGCAAGUAGAAAAUUUAUGCAACUUUUCCUUUGCACUAAAUGACUGCCCCAUUGCACAGUGCUAUUGUGAGCAGAAGAUUGGUGCUUGAGGGUCUGGGACAAGUUGCUGUGUUUUGUGAUUAGCUCAGCUAGCAGUAUUAUAAAACAAUGUGUUCAUUCAGCAGCAUAUUUUAAGAAAUCAUGAAUGCCACCGGCUUACACUCUCAUUCAUACAACUGCAUACACACAUUUAAUACCUGCUGCUUCCGUCACAUGCAAGUUGAUGGAUAUGAAACUGUUGUGUGUAACCGGAAGCAUUUGGAAACAUUUAUAAAAUGUUAUUAAAUCCAAGAUGGAUCUGAUCCAUUGAAUCAACACAAAGCACAACCCCAACAGUAAAUACAUAUUGUUUUAUGGUUUAAUAGCCUUGUCUACUUCAGCUUACUACUCUUAACGUUUUUUGAGUUUCUUGUGAUGUCUAUAUUCUUAAAGGUUGUUUGAUUACUUUUAUAUAUACAGUAUCACACGUUAAGCGGGUUUUAUGGCAGAUGAACCCUCAUAGUAACAUUUUUAUCUUCUUUAAAUGUUUGGGUAUGACUGAAACUCACUCCCCGUGUCAUGUCUAUAGUGUCAGACCCUUAAGCACCACUGGUUUUAGCUCAGCAGCUCGAUGACCUGUACAAAUUGUAAUUACUUCUGUACAAACAAAAAUGCUCUUUUUUUCUGCUGUGAAAUAAGAACAUUUUAUGGGUUUUAAUAUCAGUCUUGAAUAUCCGUGGGGUUAUUUCUCCAAAGCUCAAAGGAAAGAAAUCGAAAGGAAACUGGGCAAUUCAGGUUGCAUGAAUAACAUUGUCCCUGUAAUGGUACUGCUGUGCAUGAUGAAACCCCUCUCAUUCUCACUC